GCGCAGACACCCGGAUAAAUUUGUGGGUUUUGCGCCUACCUGUGAAUCGAAACCGACACUUCGAUGCCGAGUAAAAUUUUACGGUUGUUACCAAGGCCAAUAGAUUGUAUUACUUUUGCACUAAAACGUUAGCAUUGCUGGUCCUUGGGUUUACUUUUCUGCCCAAGGUCUGGCUACAUUCCAUCACCCCCGGGCUGUAGUAUCCUUGCUGCCAGAUUAAAAUCGCUGUGCUAUUGGAAUUUGGGUGUUUUAGUUAGGACGUGCUUGUCACCUCUGCCUCUGGUAUUUCAGUCUUGACUCUUUCUGCCAGAGAGACGACUAUGAAGAGGUUAACACAUUUCAUCACGAUGUCUCUUCCCUCCUGACCGUGUAAUCGAACUUUAGUGGUGCAUCCAAAGAGUCUUUCAAAGGACUUUUUGAGCAUUUAGUGGGUGUGCUGAAUCCUGCAGAUUACGAACUCCGCAGGACAUCCAAUGAAAACAACAACACCUUAAUUGAAUUGGGGAUUGGCGGCUCUCACUUUUUAAUUUAACGUUGUUGUUUUUUUGAAGGACACUCUCUCAUCAUGACGAUUCCAUUAUCUCGGACUCAACUAGCCCUGUUUUUCAUCCUCUUAUGUCCGGUCAAUAUCAUUGGGUUAUGGUGGGCAGUGGGGAGCCCUCUAGUCAUGGACCCCAAUAGUAUCUGUCGGAAGACCAAGCGGCUAGCGGGCAAGCAGGCUGAGCUGUGCCAGAACCAGCCAGAGAUCGUCCACGAGGUCGCCAAGGGUGCCAAGCUGGGUGUGCGGGAGUGCCAGUACCAGUUUCGUUUUCGCCGCUGGAACUGCACCAGUCAGAACAAGUACUUUGGCAAAAUACUCCAACAAGACAUCCGGGAGACAGCGUUUGUGUACGCCAUCACAGCAGCUGGGGUGACCCACACGGUUACUCAGGCCUGCAGUAUGGGGGAGCUGCUGCAGUGUGGCUGUGAGGCGACCAGGAGCAGGGCUCCCCCCCGGCCUGCCUCCUCCUCCUCCUCCACCACCACCUCUGGCGAGGGAGUCAAGUGGGAGUGGGGCGGCUGCGGAGACGACGUGGAGUUUGGCUACGAGAAGUCCAAGCAGUUCAUGGAUGCCAAGAGGAAAAAGGGCAAGAGUGACAUCAGGACGUUGAUCGAUCUCCACAACAACGAAGCAGGACGACUGGCGGUGAGGAAUUAUAUGAGGACUGAAUGUAAAUGUCAUGGCCUGUCCGGGUCUUGCACAAUCCGGACCUGCUGGAAAAAGAUGCCUCACUUUCGCGAGGUGGGUGAUCGCCUGCUGGAACGGUUCAAUGGAGCUUCCAAGGUGAUGGGAGGCAAUGAUGGCAAGACCCUGGUUCCCGUAGGCCAGAACAUCAAGCCUCCGGACAAACAGGACCUGAUUUACUCGGCCGAGUCGCCCGACUUCUGCUCGCCCAAUAGGAAGACGGGCUCACUGGGCACGCGGGGCCGUAUGUGCAACAGCACAGCCAUGGACGUGAGUGGCUGUGACCUGCUGUGCUGUGAGCGUGGCUACCGGGACGAGACGGUGGUGUUCGAGGAGAACUGCCUCUGCCGCUUCCACUGGUGCUGCGUGGUGCAGUGUAAGAAGUGCUCGGUGAGGAAAGAACUCAGUCUCUGUCACUAGCAUUACCAUAGUGAAGCUGGGUUGGUUUCAGGCCUGCCCUCUUCUGCCUCACACGAAAGAUGCACUGAGAUCAUGCUCCCACUGUUCAAUUCAGGAGCACGCUGAGAGAUUAGUAUCUUAUCUAGGAUCAUCUUGGACAGACAGCUGCAGUAACUCUUCUCUCAAGCUGUAGAACAGUCCAGAAUGGCCACUACUCCAGUGCUCACCACGUAGAGCUCUAUGAUCCUGAAACGGAGGCUCUUUUAGGCUCUUUUUCUAGAAACCCACUGAAGGAACUUACCCAACAAUUGUUCCAGCUCUCCAGAGUGGAAUAUUGAAGGUCACAUCUAAGGUUAAAAGUAAAAUUUCAGCUCCGAGAACGCUCUAGAACAGAAUGUUUGGUCCCAUCUCAUAGAAGACAAUCAGAUAGCUUGGUACCAUUCUCAAUCGUCGGUACGGAGGUCGUUGCCUCUAAAGCAGUGGUUCCCAAACGUGUUUGCACAGUGACCCACCUCAAGCCUUUAGCCAUUGAACCAGAAAAUAGCAUAACAACUGUUUCUAGCCUCAAACCCAAUGCCAAUACCCUCUAGGAACAUGCUACAACCCACAAUUAGGGAAACACUCUUCAUAGUCAGUUAACCAUGUAACUACAAGUGGGGACUAUUGUAACAAAAGCAUAAUGACUUUUGGGUGUGGAAAAUAAGACUAUGGUCUUGGUAAUAAGAUAGUAAGCACAUCAGCAUGUUACGUUUCUAUAUACAGUAACUGGAAUGUUAUGAAAAAGGAAAAUGGACAUGCACUACAUGGAAUACAGGUAUCAAGCACAAAACAUAUGAAAAAGGGAAAUGUGGGGGUUAUUUGUUUGGAGGACGAACCCCAUCAUGUUUCAUGGUGAGGAGCUGAACUGACACCCGAGACUAUUAUUUAUGAACAUUUUAUGACAAGACUACUCAUAGUGAUUUAGGUGAGGAACGUGCCUACCAUCUCUCUGAAAAGCACUUUGGAUAUGGGAGCUGUCUAUGUAAACCAUAUGUUACAUUGGUUGUUGUUUGAGUAGCUUGCAAAUGGAGAAACGAGUUGCGACUUUUUUUCGGAUGAGGUGCAGUAUUGAGAAAGUAUAAUAUUAUGUUUAUCUGUUUAAUAUACAGGGCUUUUGUAUGCACUUUCAAUUAAAGCAUUUGUUGCGUAUAGAUUUGUUACAUAUAGUCAUGUUGUGCAGAAUGGCCAUUCCACAAUCACAUACAAUGCUGACAAUGAAUCCAUCCAUUUGUCUCUUUGAUAAGUCAACUCGCUGAAGUGAGUUGGAUGUCAGGAAGCCCAUUUCUUUUGACUCUCUGCCUACGUUCUUCGGAAUAUGCAGAUCAGAUCUCUGCUCAUUUUUAUGGGGGAAACAAAACCUAUCUUCACCGUGAUUAAUAAUAACAAUUACUUAUGAAGCGUGUUGUACCCAAACGAGCUGUACAUUUUCACUUUUUACGUGUAUAGGUCUAAGGUAUUUAAGUGUACUGUGUCUUACCCUUCUUUUAGAGUAUGUUUUUGUUGCUACUUACCUUUCAGGGAUCUGUAAGAUCUUUUGUUGGGCAAAAGAGAGAGAGAGAGAGAGUACAAUGAGGGAUGACAUCGCUACAAUUUAUUGCCAAUAUGCCAUGGUUUAUGACCAGAUUAUUCCUUGCCAGAGGGUUCAUCGUUAAUAUUGUUACCAUGACAGUGGGUACACACUGCACAAGAUUACUCUAUCCUCGGAGCUACUAGUCCUGCCUGGAGUCCGCACCAUUCGAUUUUUCAUUUACCUAAAUGAUGUUUUUGUACAAAAGCACAUCACGUUAAGGGAGAAAAACUUGGUAUAAUGGAACUAUUCUGACUGAGCUCUGCAACAAUAUUAGGCAUACUUUACGAAAGCAGUAGAAUUGACCACUUUACCUUGUUAAGUUUGGGUUGCAGUCGACCAAAUUAGGAAAUCAGACCAAAUGUGGCUAUUCCUAUGUCAGAUACACUCAGUGGCCAAUUUAUUAGGUUCACCGAAAAUGGUUCGCUCCUACAGAGUGAGUCACGUGGCUAUGGCUUGCUAUAUAAAGCAGGCAGACGGGUAUUGAGGCAUUCAGUUACUGUUCGAUUGAACGUUAGAAUGGCCAAAACUUUGAGUGUGGCAUGAUCGUUGGUGCCAGGCACACCAGUUGCAGUACCUCAGAAAUUGCCGGCCUCCUGGGUUUUUCACGCACAACAGCGUCUAGGGUUUACUGAGAAUGGUGCGACAAACAAAAAAAAACAUCCAGUCAGCGUCAGUCCUGUUGGGGAAAAUAGCUUGUUGAUGAGAAAGGUCGAAGGAGAAUGACAAGAAUCGUGCAAGCUAACAGGGGGGCCACAAACAGACAAAUAACGGCGCAGUAGAACAGUGGUGUUCAGAACAGCAUCACGCAACGUCCAACUUGUCACGGAUGGGCUAUUGCAGUAGAUUCCACUCCUAUCAGUCAAAAACUACAAGAAGCGGCUCCAGUGUGCAUGCGAUCACCAACACUGGACAACUGAGGGUGGAAAAACAUUGCCUCUCCCGACGAAUCCCGUUUCCUGUUGAGUCAUCAGGAUUUGCCGUAAGCAUUAUGAGUCCAUGGUCCAUCCUGCCUAGUGUUAACGGUAUAUACUGGUGGCGGUGGUGUAAUGGUGUGUGAAAUGUUUUCCUAGCAACGUUUGAACACCGCACCUUGUAGAAUCCAUGCCCCGAAGAAUUCAUGCUGUUCUGGAGGCAAAGGGGGGUCUGACCCAGUACUAGAUGGGUGUACCUAAAAAACUGGCCAUUAUAUUAUCCCCAUAGAGCAACUUUAGGACUUGUUGGGCUGCCAGGAGUUUUUCGCUGUUACUGUAUGUAUGUUUAAACAGCCCUUGUCAAAAUGGAAGAAAGCUGCUUUGACGUUUUCUUGAUUCUAAGGGAAGACACAAUUUCCAAGUUUUGAAAACAUGAUUUUGUCAGGGCAUGUUGAAUGAUCUGAAGAGAAUUCGUCAGCAUUUGUUUGGAUUCAGAGACAGAAUUUUGACUUUCAUAAUUGCUUGUUCAUUGAUUAAACGUUUGUAUUCUACAAAGUUCAUUUCAUAUCCAUGUUGUUAUUUUCCAGUUACAGUAUGUGUAGAAAUUGGAAUGAAUUGACAAGUGAGUUUCUGCACUUACUAUACAAAUAAAAAGUCAACUGUUCUCUCUA